GGCAGGGCCGGGCGAGGAGGCCUCUCCCCGCGCAGCCCUCGAGCCCAGGCCGGGCCGGCAGAGACGCGGCGCCGCCCUCUCCUCGGCCCCCGACUCGGGCUUCCCCCGAGGCGCGCCGAUGGCCGCCGCUUCGGGCAGCCUCCUGCGGCCCGCGCGGAGGGAGCCCGGGGAAUAGAGGCGGCCUCCGUGCGCCCUGCGCUUGGCCCCCGGGACGCGGAGAAGCCGCGCGGGGGCCCGAUCCGGCGCGCCUUUGUUCGCAAGUAGACCUGGCCGAAAUCAACGGGGCUCUCUUUUUGGGAGCUAUUGCCAGCCGCUGCUGGGGCGUCUUGUCGAGAGACUCUUGUCUGAAGCAGCAGCAGCAGCCCCGUUAAAAAUAACCAUCGCGGGUAUUCAACUCCCCCAGGCCCAAGGCAAAUACAUGGCUGAUAAGACCUUAGAAGGAUGUGGGUGUUCCUUCGACUGUUCUUAACUGUGGUGGUGCUGUGUGUUUGCUCCUUCCUUUAUAUCUUGCUGUGCCCUCGCUUCUGUGUGUCGCUUUGUUGGCUCAGCUGCCAGCCUCCUGAAGAACAAGAAAGACGUUUGCCUACGGUGCCUGGAGCCAUCCAGUUUGAGGGUUACAUCAGCGUUCCUGAUGGAAAGCCAUUGGUCCGAACCCCAUGCCGUCAGUGCGCUGUGGUAUCCAGCUCAGGGCAGAUGUUGGGUUCGCAUUCGGGGAAGGAGAUUGACGACAAGGAGUGUGUCCUACGUAUGAACCAGGCCCCCACACAGGGCUAUGAGGACGACGUGGGUGCCCGGAGCACCAUCCGGGUGGUUUCCCACACCAGUAUCCCCUUGCUGCUGAGGAACCAGUCCUACUUCUUCAGACAGGCCCGGGACACAGUCUACGUCAUUUGGGGGCCCUCGAAGCGGAUGAGCAGGGAGAAGGUGGGCUUGGCUUACAGGACACUCCUCAAGGUGAAGGAGAUGUACCCCAGCCUGCAUCUCUACACGCUGACCGAAAGGAUGAUGGCCCACUGCGAUGACCUUUUCCAGAUUGAGACGGGGAAGGACAGGAUGAAGUCUGGAUCCUUCUUGAGCACUGGCUGGUUCACCAUGGUCUUGGCGAUGGAAAUGUGCGAGCAGAUCUUUGUCUUUGGCAUGGUCAGCGAAAGCUACUGCAGAGAGAAGAGCCAGCCUCCUGUACCGUACCACUACUUCGAGAAGGGCAGGUUGGACGAAUGCCGAAUGUACCUGGCUCACGAAAGAGCUCCACGUGGGGGGCACCGCUUCAUCACAGAGAAGGCUGUCUUUUCUCGCUGGGCCAAGAAAAGGAACAUUGUCUUCAUUCACCCUUCAUGGCCAGAUGGCUAGGGGGUGCUUCUGGAUGUUGGACUCUUGUGGCUUGAAAAACUGUGCCCGGUUGUGGCCGGUGCCCUUGUGGUUGUUUUGGGGGGAGCCACACAAAUGGAGCUGCCCGUGUUGAAGUGUCCCCAGGGGAAAGAGUGUGAAGAGGAGUGUAUGGGGAUAAAAUGGCCAUCUUGAGAAGGCCUGGAUUUUAUCCCAUUGACAGUUGUAAUAGUUCUGAACCAGGAUCAAUACGGUAUGUUUCGGUUUUAGAGAGACCUGUGCUGGUACAUAGUGGGCCUCUGUGUUUUAAACCUGUGUUCUUAUUUUUGUUUUUUUCCUAUGAAUUCAACUGUGAGGCAGGAGCCGCUGCCCCCCCCCCCGACCCUUGCAGUCUGUGCAGGACUUUGCAGAUACACUUGACGUUUUUAACUAAAGGUAUAACAGAAAGGCUGAAAGACUACAGAAUGAGCUGGUGAGUCUGAUGGUGUUAGAGUGGACUAUAACACUUCAGCCCACACCUUUGAGUGCAUCUAAAAAUUCAGUGGACAUAGAAAACCAAUGCAGCAAGCAAAGGGCUAUUUUCAGAAAUUUUUCUGCGUGACGUGCUGGUUUUCUGUAUACAAGAAUCUCCCCCUGCCCUACAGAUGAACAUGCAAAAGUGGUGGCCCUCUGCUAUAGUUCCAAGUGGUAUAGUCCUCCACUUCAGCUUAUUUCCACCUUCUCACUGCAUUUGCAGACUUAACCUAGGACUGCAUCCACAUGCGAUCUUUUCACAUGGGGUUUCCCUGCGGUUUGGGUGUUGAACUACAGUGAUUUUCCUCUGUGCUUGCCUGUUUUCCAGUUGGUGUCUUUCUGUGGCUUCCUUAUAAUUUCUCCACUGUUUCUCAGAUCACAUCAAAGGUGGCUUGAGAAAGCAUAGAGAUCAGUCAGGGAAAUCACAGGAAGGCACAGAUGAGGAAGUGCAGAGAAAAAAAAAUCGCUGCAGUUCUGCCCCCAAACCAUGGGAAAAGUCCCUUGUGCAAAGACCCAUGGAGGAUUGUCUCUGCCUUAGUUUUCCUUUGGGGGUGGGGAGCAUCUAUUCCACAGGCUGUUGUCCUUUAAUCGCCUGCUUUCCAGGCUUUCCCCAUCCUUGGCAUGCUCUAUUUCAAACAUAGUACAAGUGUCUGGAUGGGAAGGUGCGUUUUUUAAAGGUCCCAUGCUCAUUGGUAUCAAUUUCCUUCUGCCAGCUGUUCGCAGCUGCCGUUUCCCCCAUCACCAGAGGGUUUUUGAUGACUUUUUUUUAAAAAAAAAUCAGGCAGUGCUGUGGCUCAUAGUGCAAUGACCUUAUCUGUUACUGCGAUCUACUAGUUCCUGUGAAUUCUGAGUUUCCAUUUCUAAGAGAAACGUAAGCUGCUAAGCCCUUAUCACUGUGGCGAAAGAGUUUUUUUAAAAAGAUAGUGACUUCUGAAUUUCUAAAAACCCUGAAGUGGCAUGGCAAAGGGAGGGCUGACUGAAGAAAGUGUGCACAAAUCUGCCGUGUGGAUGCUCUGUGGCCAGUGUGAAUGCUUCUGCCCUAGCAGCGAUGAUGACAGGGAGAUGGGAAAACCUCCCUAUUUGAACGCAGCCUCUGCCUGGGCACGCUGGAUUAUGUAAUUUUUUUGCCUCUUCCCCACCUCUGUUGAGUUGGCCAUACAUUUUUGGCUUCCUGUUGAGUGCUAAGUUAUCUUGUUCUCCUUCCCUGUUUACCGUGUCCUACGUCACCAUUGUCGUGGAUGGUCUUGGUGUAGUACCUGUUCCACCACCACUGACGUCUUUGCAUUGCAUGUUGGGAAGCAGAAAACGGAUGAGAAAAUAACGUACUCUAAGGACAUCUUGCCUGUUCUACCAUUUUUAUUCUUUUUUUCUCCUUUAAUAAUAAUAAAAAAACCCACAAACUUCCCAGAUCUUCUGAGUCUUGGGGAGAGGAGACAUUGGGGCUGCAGAGGAACAAGGAGAGAUAGUGUUGAAGCUUUGUAGAAUGUGCCCACGCUUUGGUGAGACAGAGGUAAAUCUUGACGGGGAGGUGCCGAUUACAAGAACUGUCGUCAUUCGGGUUGCUGGGAGGGUGGGAGACAAAAUACCUGGGCCCUCUGGAGGGGCCAUGAAACUGGAUCAGAUAUGUGAGGUUUUUUAAUAC